UUGUCAUUUAGUCUCUGUUCACGACGUUACCCUUGAAUCCAAACGGAAUACGUGUAGCACUUUCUGCCGGAUGUUCGUGAGUUUAGGGUAAAUGCGUCUUGAUAUGAGACUAGACAAUUGUAAGGAUGAUUCACGUACUACAUGUAUUUUUUGCUCAAUCGCGCCUUGCCAUGCCGUACUAUACUGUCAGCACGCUACACGCAAAUCGUCAGGUCAUGGAGUGAAGAUCAACAGCGGCAGAACGUCAUUCUCAAUCCUACCUACAUUCCCAGCCUGGUGGCAGAGGAGUAAUCUUUUGCAACUUUUGCACUUAGGAAUUAAAUCUAGAAGAGAUCCAACGACUGUUCUAAAUUUAGUUGUCACAAUAUGGUGUAGUUUGCGGCGGACGUUGCGUGCAGGAUGGGGGAUACCUACCGUGUUUUGCUUCUUGUGUACGGCGUGUGUCUGGCUGUGACCGCUAGAAGUAGUGGCGUUGGACCGCCAAGACCAGUAGCAUCAUUGAACGACCAACAUCAGUACAUCUGCUCUCUAUUACCAAACUGCACAACAUGGUGUAGUGAUUGCACAGAUCGUAUGGCAAGUAAGCUCUUUGACUUUCUGAACAACUGUGAUGAAUGGAAAAAUGCUCCUGCCACGGGUUACCAGCAUGUGUUCCGAUGUCGACCUAGCUCGUCCUACGUGGCUUGUAUCUGUGCUACUGAAGACCCAAAUUGUAGAAGAUGCGAGUACUCUGUUCAGAAUAACCUGGUUUGCUUCUCCCAAGAGAAUGGUGACAUCCACGUCUGGCCAUUCAGCGAAGAUGUUGCUGUUACAUCAGUUCUCCUGGAGGACAUGUGUCCCACCUGCUCCUGCUCAACUAAGAAUCCCACUACUCCACAACCCCCUACAACUGUCACGCCAAUUCCAACUGUGCACUUUGAGGAACCUGUCCCCCCUAAACCCAGCGAUCGCACCAUGACUACAGAUGCAGGAGCAACCCAAGGGCCGGAUGUCACUGUCAUCAUAGGAGCCGUUGUGGGUGGGGGGACUUUCCUAGUUCUGGUCAUCAUUGGCUGUGUCUGCUAUCAGAGAAAAUGUCAGAAGAAGAACAAAAAGCCUGGUCAAGAGCAAUCCGAGUAUGCAUACAUUGACUCGGAAGAAAUGAGAACACUGAGAAGCCAAGCAUCUAUGAUGACCAGUCAACAGUUUGUUUCAAACGACGGAAUACUCCCCCCUAGUGGCCACCGCAUCUUCCACAAUGAGAUGUAUGGACUUAAUAAUGUCGGUAACGGAGCCACUUUGUCAGACCAGCGUCCCGAGUUGCCUGGCAACCACCCUCCGCCUUCCAAUCCACCCCCAGCGUCCUACCAAGCGCUGAACAAGGGCCAAGCAAGGCCGGCUGAUGUGAAUGCGGCCAUUGGUGUCGGCCAGUGCCCCCGCUGCCGUCAGAUGGCCACCGACCGGAGUGCUACAGCACCUCUCCUGGAUCGUCCUGCUGGAGGUGAUAAUUUCCCGGCAGCAGUCGAUGGUACAAAGAACCCCUACAUGCCCUUGAUAAAGAAUAACACUUGCCCUACCCCAGGAGUAGCUCCAACUGAGCCCAUGUGUAGAUGUCACUCGAGGCCGUUAAGCGAAUGCAGCAGCGUCACUGGCAGCGUUUUGUCUGAGCCCCAGGGGAGUCAUACAGGCCCGGCCAGCACCCUGAAUUCUACCGGUCACGAGAGCGAUCAGAGACCACUGAGUGAGGGGUCAGACAUGCAGGAGAAUCCGUACUACUUCAAGGUAAAUCCUGCUGCUGAGAAGGUAAACCCUUCUGCCGAGAAGGAAGCCAGGCCAUCCCCGACUAGCGAGCAGUACUUCAAACUGGAAGAUGCAGAGACAUUGCCUCUGGACAGUAAAGUCAACGAAAUCACCCCAAUGUUGCCCAGUGCCGAUGACAAUGGGAACAAUGUUGCUUUGAAGCCUGUCUCCAACGACAAGGGUUUGUCAGGAGUGGACUUGAGCAGAAAAUUGUCUAGUGGUCAAGAAAAUGACCCAUACAUGUCGUUGCAGUCCCGAGGGACGGAGGAGCAGACUCUGCCCAUUCCCGAGGGUACAGUGCCCUCUAGUGACAGCCAGAAAGAAACUGUCGUCAGAGCUGCCAGCUCCGAGGCUGGUAAAGGCUUUGGGAAUGGGGACUGCUUGCAACAGACAGAAGGGCAGAAACAAGGUAGCAAGAUUUGUGCCGUAUCUCUAGAAAGUACAGUGUGAAAGUGCUGUGUCUAGAUACAUGUAGGUCUGAGCUAUGGAUGGCCUAUUAGACUGGGAACCUGGCAUGAUAUCAUACACAUAACAAUAGGCAGAACCCCAAAGCACUUAAGAUUGCCAUUGGUGUUUGGGCAUGAGGCAAUGCGGUCUGUCCCUAAUUCUGAUUGGCUCAAUUUUCAAAUUUGUGUGCAUGUGCGUGGAACGUACUGUCCUGCCUAUUUCUAGGCAUGUAAAUACUUGAUGUAAAUUAAAUGUAACUUGAUCCAGUUUGGAGGUCGUAACAGAAACGAUGCACAAGCCACUCCUAGAUGGUGUAUCCGCGGGAGAUAUCAAGGCAGUGUUCGGACUCGAUGAGUUUUGUCCUUGAGCAAGUUACUUUGCUUUGUGCCUCCCUGCCCAGAAGCACACAGGUAUACAUCCACUGUUCAGGGCCUAACCCAGGGUACUGUAUAGUUGAAACAGUGUAUAUAGCCAAGGGAGCUGAGGUGGGACUUGUUUCAGUGAUCAGGGUAAAUGUGAUCUUUAUUUGUGGUAAGCAAAGUUGUAAAUAUAUCAGUGUUGACAAUGAACUGAUGUAAAGAAAUCUUGUUGGUGUCGUGGAUGUUGAAUUCAGGACUGAUAUUUAUGUACCUGAACUAAUAGGUUGUUCAGUUUUUCAGAACUGCAGUAAAAACACUGAGAAUUAUUUAUACUUAAAAAAAAAAUUACAACAGCUGUUUUUUACAUGGAAUGCAGCCGUAGAAAUGCCCUUUGGGUGUUGCCUGUUUUGCCAGAAGCAUGGGCUUAGAGAUGACAGCAAUUGCUUGGCUUGGUUCUCGAUUAAAGAUUCUUGAAUGUUUGCCAACAUUGUCAACCGUUGCCUGCAUUGGGAAGAAUAUCCCUGUUUGUUGUUUUUUCUUACGGCAGUGAGACAGUAGCCCUUACAAGUGCUAUAGAUGUCAUCACAGUAAUGCAAUGUAGCUGUGUUGCUAGGAAGACACGGAAGAAUGUCAGUUGUAGAUGCAGGAGUAGAAACCAUGUGAUUGAGUAGGAGCAGACAGAGCCAGGCUGCUUCUGAAUCUGUUGACUAGAGCUAGGUCUAGGUCUUCCCUCCAUUGGAAAUGCACAGAGACGGGUAGACAGUAGACCUAGCCGUAGCUCUGGAAGGCUGUUCCGGACAUGGCUCCAAUCUGUGCGGUAAAAUUUCGGAGAACAUGGGAAAUAUAUCGCUGUGACUCUGCACAGUAUUCACAUGAAGGGACGUGGUAGCAUUGCAGGAAGGUGGGGAUCUAGACCUAGUCAGCGGUUAGCCAGGCCUGGGUCUUGUCUUGAUCUGGAAUCUUUUGGUCUUGAUCAGGAUUGGGUGUGAAGUCCAAGCCUGGCCUCUCAACAAGACUAUCACCACAGUCUUCUGACUUGUAGUGUAUUCAGUAUAGAGUUUUUCUGUGUUGGUGAAAAUCUAAUGCUCUAGUUUUAAAAUAACUUUACAGAUGUAACAUCAACUUCAUUAUCUCUCUAGAUACAUGUAUUUUUAUGGUUGUCAAAUUAAUUACUAAUGCAUGCUUAUAGAUGGUUUUGAAUUACCGUAACUGAACCAGGUUUGUUAUGUAAAUAGCUUUGUGUACACACUAAUCCUUGUUCAUGAAAAUAUUCCUUGUCUCAAUUUUAUGUUUUAAUAAUUUUUGGAAUUCAAAAUUUACAUUUGAUCAAUUGAACUCAAUAAUAAUUAUAUUUCGUUUGGAAAUGCAUUGUAAUUUUCAAGUGAAUUCAAAUAAUAACCUAGGAAGAAUUAAAGCAAUUCUUUUAAAUAAUUUUUAACACUUUUUGAGAGGACAGUAAAGUUCUUGAAUUGUUGGGGUUUAUUUACUUUUAAGAAGGGUCAAAGGUCAGAAUAUCAGGGAAUAAUUAUGACAAUAAUUUGUAUAUAUUUUAAUAUUGAGUUUGUAAGAAUGCAUGAAGAGAUGCAUGAUACAUGUACUUGAAAACAAUUUAACUGAACGGUAAUAUUAAAAUGUUUGCAUUUCAAAAAUAUUGCUGUAUUUGGCAUUGUAUUUUCAGAUUUACAAUGUAUAGCUUGCACAUGGCAUCAGGUUUUCACUGGUUCCUUUUCCUGAUGUGUCUGAGUUGGGUUUUGUUUACUGUGUUUUUUUUCUUUUUUUGACUUUUAGUAAUUAUAUUUGAUUAAAAUGAUGUGAAUUUGUGUAGCACGAUUGGGCGAUUAAAUGCCAUUUCGGAAUUAGAAAUAGGCAUUUCUAUCAUCUUUUAUUGACAUUUUAUGAAAAAGUAUUUGCACUUUGGAAGAGAAAAUGGUGUUAAGUGCAUGAACAAUUCACGUCUGGGUUUGAGCCCAGCUUUUUUGGUUCUGUUACCAACCUUGGCUUGUGGUAUGGAUUUAUCGCUUCGUGUGAUCACUGGGCAGGAAAUGUUAUGUUGCGGAAUUUCACAUACUCAUCACCUCAACUCUUCAAAACAGUCAUACAUGUCUGGCAUUAAACGGCACAUUGUUCUUCGGGAAGAAAAACUCUAUUUAUUUGUGAAUCCAUCACGUUAAGUUCGGGUUCUUGUAAAGCCGUCAGUGUGUUAAUAUGGGUUUUUUUUUUAAUUGAAUUCUCAAUUGAUCAUUGAGAAAUGUAAAUAUUGCAAGCUUUCACAAGUCAUUUUAACUCCUCAUCUAAGACGUAAGUACAAUUUUACCGUGAUUUUUGCGCAGAUUACUUGGACAGGAGCCAGAGAAAACAGGCAAAAAUACCCUCAGUUGGACUUAAUGCAAUUGAUGUUACUUUAAACAGGUGUCAUCAUGUUUUACCGGUCAAAGGUUUGCAUGACAUUCUCGAAAAAAAAUCUGCUCAUUAUUAAAAUUUUAAAAACGUGA